GAAACAAGUGAAGGAAGCAAGAAGUUCAAUGUAAAGCAUUCCUGGGACGUUUAACCUGCACGCCAGAUAGAUGUGUUGUCCACAAGCCUGCACGUAUAAACAUGAACGCUCAACUGACCAUGGACAAUAUUGGGGAUCUGCACGGGGUGAGCCAUGAUCAGGCUACUGCUGAUCUAAUGAGCAACAGCCCACAUCAUAGGGGAUCGUUGGGCCAUCGCAGCAAUCAUCUGGCUGCCCAUCCGCGAUCCAUGGGCAUGGCAUCGAUCCUGGACGGAGGAGAUUACCAUCACCACCACCACCGACCCCCGGAGCAUGCUUUAACGGGGCCACUCCAUCCCACCAUGACCAUGGCUUGUGAAACCCCACCGGGCAUGAGCAUGAGCAGCACCUACACCACGCUGACCCCCCUGCAGCCCUUGCCACCCAUCUCCACCGUAUCGGACAAAUUCCCCCAUCACCACCACCACCACCAUCAUCACCCUCACCAGCGGAUACCGGGCAAUGUCAGCGGUAGCUUCACCCUCAUGAGGGAUGACAGAGGGCUGACCUCCAUGAACAAUCUGUACAGCCCUUACCACAAGGAUGUCACCGGUAUGGGGCAAAGCUUGUCUCCGCUCUCCGGAUCUGGUCUGGGGAGCAUCCACAAUGCCCAGCAAGGCUUGCCUCACUACGCUCACCCCAGUGCCACCAUGCCUACCGAGAAAAUGCUCACUCCCAACGGCUUCGAAGCCCAUCACCCUGCCAUGUUAUCCAGGCAUGGAGAACAGCAUCUCACCCCGCCAUCUGCUGGCAUGGUGCCUAUCAACGGGAUCCCCCACCACCCCCAUACCCAUUUAAAUGCCCAGAGUCACGGACAGAUUCUGGGCUCCGCCAGGGAGCAAAACCCAACAUCCAUGACUGGUUCCCAGGUCAACAAUGGAAGUAAUUCAGGGCAAAUGGAAGAAAUUAAUACCAAAGAAGUAGCUCAGAGAAUCACCACUGAGCUAAAGCGGUACAGCAUCCCCCAGGCGAUCUUUGCCCAGAGGGUACUGUGCCGCUCGCAAGGGACCCUCUCAGAUCUGCUGAGGAACCCCAAACCUUGGAGCAAACUCAAAUCGGGCCGGGAGACUUUUCGCAGGAUGUGGAAGUGGCUUCAGGAGCCAGAAUUCCAGAGGAUGUCAGCUCUCAGGCUAGCAGCUUUGGUACCAGCCGAUCCGGUAUUUCAGCACUCUGGACAGUUGCCUGCAGACUCCCUGGUUAAAAUCGGCUAUCCAUCACAAAGCACCCAGUCUAAUCACUUGUCAUGUAAACGAAAAGAACAAGAUCAUGGCAAAGACAGAGGGAAUACACCAAAAAAGCCAAGGUUGGUCUUCACAGAUGUCCAACGAAGGACUCUUCAUGCAAUAUUCAAAGAAAACAAGCGUCCGUCCAAAGAGUUACAGAUCACCAUUUCCCAGCAGCUUGGCUUGGAACUCAGCACAGUCAGCAACUUCUUCAUGAAUGCUCGCAGGAGGAGUCUAGAUAAGUGGCAAGAUGAAGGCAGCUCGGGAAAUACAUCAUCUUCAUCAAGCACUUGUACCAAAGCAUGA